AUGACCCUUGCACAACUUUUUGAAGAAACGGGGGCACUAUCUGUAUACGGUGAAAAUCGACGGCUCGAUUUCACGGGCAUUAAGGCAUCUCGAGGGCUUCCAGGAAAGAGAUCAAUAUGUGAUCAUUUAGAAGAGAUUGUGGAUUACAUAAAAGACAUGCGGAAGAAUAUGGAGGAGCUGGCAUGUAAUAGAGAAAGAUUGAAAGAAAUGAGAAAUAUUUGUAGCUCUGAUCAUAACUCUCACUUGGCUGCACCAUCUUCCUCUAUGAAAAGUGAUGAUGAUCAGGAUAGAAUAUUAGUGAAAAAAUGUAAGGAAGGAGUUGAAAUUUCAGUGAUCAGUAAUUUGGAAGGAGGGUUGGCUCUUACCAAAGUGCUUAGGGUUCUUAUGGAAGAAUGGCUGCUUGUUAUUAGCUGUGUUUCCUCCAAAAUUAAUCAGAAGGAAAGAUUGAAGCAGUAA